AAUAAAGUUCUUCUAUCGUAUAGCUGCAAGUUGGGGAGUGAGCUUUCUGGUACAAUAAUUUAAAGCAAUUGAGUCCACUGUCAUGCUUUGUUAGAGCGAAUUACGGUCUCACACUGUUGGGAUAUACUACAAAUAAAUCAACUAACUCCUCCAAUCAAUCACUAUAUAUACAUCAGAGAACACAUAUGCAGAAAAGCAUAAGCUUCUUUUUCUACAACACGUAUCACUUAAACCUUGUUUCAAUUUCUUGUAACACUCUUUCCUUCUUAAAGUUGAAGAGAAGUCAUGGAAUUUCGUUUGUUACCAAUGAUUUCCGGUGCCAAGCAAAUCUACAAACUGCAGUCUCUUCUAACAAGGAGUCAUUCAGAUGUUCCGAAAGGACAUUUUGCAGUUUAUGUCGGUGAGAGAGAAAGGAAAAGGUAUAUGGUGCCAAUAACAUACCUCGAUCAUCCUUCGUUCCAGAACUUGUUACGGAAAGCAGAAGAAGAGUUUGGAUUUCAUCAUCCAACGGGUGGUCUAACAAUUCCUUGCAAUGAGGAUGAAAUGAAGAACCAUGAAGUAGCAGUCUGAGCUUCAGAUUAGAGCUAGCUUAUAAUUUUUAGUUUUAGUUUUUUCAUCUUACGGGCAGGAGUUGUAAACUUAUGUAAAAAGCUGUCAAGCAAAGCAUAUAAAUGAAAUCUUUAGCA